AUGGUUCAAGCUGGGGGGUUUUUGUGGAGAGCAUAUUAUGUCGAGGACUUGGACUUUCUAUAUCUAGCAGCAUCUACGGGCGCAUUCCUGGUCUCGCAACAGGCGAUAUCUAGGCUCGUAUUGAAGCCAAUAUCGCACUACUUUGUCCCAUCGGCCCCUCCUUCCCCUCCAAUCCGGGACUUUGACUCGGCUAUCGACCUAGAAGAAUUAAACAAUAGCUCGUUCGCAAAACUACCUGACUCGGAACUAGAGUUGCCCACUCCACCGCCAUACGACUCAAUCAUAAACAAUAACGAUGGAAACAAGACUCCCCCUCGUCAGAACGGACACCAUCACCACAACCACAAUCAUCAUCAACAGGAUUUAGGUCAUCUAGUAGCCGCUGCUCUACCCGACCCACUCAACAUUGUCGACUAUGAAGUAAAGAGGCACACUCCCUUAAGACAUCGUAAACCAGCUACGUCACCAUCAAAAGCAUCCAAUGAUGCCAAUGGCGAUGAUGACGACGAUGAUCGUAAAGACAACAGCAAUCGUGAUAAGAAGGAGAGCAAGCUUAUGACAAAUGGGCUUCAUAACAACAACACUGCUCCAUUAACUGCCCCGAGUACUCCACCAGCAAUGGCUAGAAGAAAUCAAGCCAAAGCUAUUGUAGACGAUCGUAAAAAAUUCCAGGUUGCCGCUUGGAAACUCUGGUAUAGUACCUUUGUAUCAACCCUUGGACUCAUUGUCUUGUCACAAGAGUCUUGGGCUUUAGACCCUUCACAAUACUUUGUCGGUUGGCAAGAUAAGAUGGCGCCAAUGAGUGAUAUGAUGAAGGUUUACUAUGUUGUAUCAUUUGGAAACUAUGCGGCUCAAGCCAUAGCAAUCUUCUUUGAACCACGUCUCAAGGACUUUUGGCAAAUGUUUUGCCACCACAUCAUCACAUGUAAUUUGAUCUUCUUUUCAUAUUGGAUGGGUUUCUAUCGAGUGGGUUCUGUCAUUGUCUUGGUUCAUGACGUGUCGGACCCAUGGAUGGAAUUAGCAAAGUGUUUCCAUUACACAAAUAAUGAGCUGAUGGCCAAUGUCUUUUUCGCAACAUUUGCUGCUUGCUUUAUCUAUACUCGAAACUGGAUUUUUCCACGUUACAUCAUAUAUCCCAUAACUGAGGAUGGAUUUCCCCUUCCGAAUGGACCUGUACUAGGCGCCUUCAUUGCUGGACUCUGUCUUCUAGAGGCUUUGCAUAUCUUUUGGGCAACUUUGAUUGUUGGAAUGAUCAAGGAAGCCAUCACAUCUGGAGGAGUGCAAGGGGACACUAGGGAAGAUGAUUAG